AUGAAUACAAGAGAAAUAGUAGAAUAUGAAUUGUAAUAAAUUAAGGAUAACAGCCGAAAGUAUCCUUUAUUGUAGAAAGUAAGAUCUUAAAGUCUAUACAUAAUAAGGUUUGUGAAUCAAAUCCAUCAGAAUUAGAUACUCAUACUUUAUUAUAGCAAUUAUUACCCUUGAUAGUCAGCUCUAAAAAUAAUAAAUUAAUUUCAUUAGGAAUAGGACUAAUCUAGAAAUUGCAGCAUUAACUCUAAUUAACUACAGUAUUAUUAAUAUAUUAUUAGAACGAUCUUGAUAUCAUUAUUGAUUAUUUUAAUAAUUCAAAAUCAUAGUAAGAUGAAACAGUAGAUAUCAGACUAGUUUCAACUUUAAUUCAUAUUAUUGGUCCAGAUGUUAUUGAUUUUACAAAUCUCAAUCACAUUUUGAAGGUCUUAAAUUUGUUAAUAUAUUUUUCAUCUUCAGACAAUCCAAUAAUAGCAUAAUCCUCAAUUUAAGGCAUUCUUACACUUAGUAAUGUUUUGGAGGAAUUAUUAUAGAGUUAAUCAAAAAAUACAAUAUUGCAAUCCUAUUUUGAAUUAUUAGAAUUAUUUUUUAACAUUUUUCAAGAUAAGGAGCAAUCAUCUAUUUAUGUGUCAAACAACCUUAUAUUAUGUAUUUAUCAUAUUUGAUUUCAAUCACUUUAGGCAAAGAUAUUUUUAUCAUUAUUCUGAAAUGUGGAAAAUAUCUACUAUAAAUCGAAAAAUUUCAUAUUUUCUAUUUUGAAACUCUUUAUGCUUACUUAACCAAUAUUGAUUUAGUUAAAGAAUCGAACAUAAUGAACAGUAAAUAUCAUUUAUAAAUUAAAUUAGAAAUCAAUAUUAUAAGAUUGAUAUUCAAUUAUAUAUUAACUAUUGAGGAUAAAUUUGAAUUAAUUACUUAAUUAAUGACUGUAUAUAGUAAAAUAUAACAGUAUGAUUAAAGUAAAAUAGCAAUUCAUGAUGGCAUUUUAUGUCUAUAUUCAAAUCUAUCAAUAUUCAAAAAUUUAUUAACACGAUAGCCAUAUGAAAAUAUCUAUAAUGGUAAAAUUUAUAUUAUUAUAAUAAGAUUAUAAUGAUUUAAUAUUGAAAUCGAUUUAUUAACAUUCUUUAUUUGGAAUUAGAGAAUUUUAGACUCAAUAAUCUCCAAAGUAGAAUAUUUUGAUAAACAAAUUAACAGCAUCUUAUAUUGAUUGUAAUUUACAAAUGGUUCCAAAUAUAUUUGUUUAAUAAAUAAGUAAUAUAAAAUUGAUUAAAAGCUAGAAACUCUAAUUUAAAUAAUUACUGAUAAUAUAUAAAAAUUUUUAUAGCAAGACGAAUUUCAAAAAGAAGGGAGUGGUUUAUUGUAAGAAAUUAAAAACUAGAGCAGACUUCUUUAAUCUCAAUUAUUUAAUGGAGAUAAUGAGGAUUAGAUUGGAGAUAUAUAAGAAACUGAAAGUGAUGAUAUAAAAUUUAGAACUCUAUUUGAUAAAUUAUGGAAGCCUCUUCUUAAAAUAAUGAAACAAUUACUAAAAAUAGCUAAUAAUUAAUAAUAUAUUAAUUUAUUAGAAUAUUUAUCAUCUUGGAUAUCAUUUAGUUUAUAAUAAGAAUAAAUUAAUAGCUUUUAACUCCUAAUUAGAUUUCUGGCUGCUUAAUCUGCACCAUUAUCAUUAAAAUACAUUGAAACAGAUAAAUGGUUAAUAGCAUGCAAAAUAUUUGAAGAAAUUCUAUAUAAUAAUGUAAAUUUAAUAACAGCAAAAACAUGGAAUUUAAUAUUCUAAACAUUACAAAGAAUAGAAUAGGUAGUUUCAAAGUCAACAGAAAUAAAAAUGACUACAGAAAUAUUUAUUAAAAGUGCUUAAUAUCAAGAUAUAACUGUUUAUUAAAUGGUUGAUGGAUUAAAUUAGUUGGCACUUUAAGUUUCAGAAAGACUUUAGAUAAGUUAAAAAAAAAACUUCGAUUCAAUAUAUAAAUCAUUUGCAAUUGAUAAACUAUUGCUUAUAAUUCAUAAUAAUUGGUAAAGAAUAGAUUUAUUAUGGAAAAUUGUAGAUGCUUUAUAUUUAUGUCUUUGUAGUUCAAAAGUUAUGGAAAUGCGUCUUAAUGCUAUUCAUACAUAUAGAGACACAAUAUUUUCAGGAAUAGAAUAUACUAAAAAUAAUAAGUUAAAAUGGGGAGAUAAAUGGAUUCAAUAUUUAUUAAAUCCAUUAACUGAAUUAAUAAUACUACCAUAUGAAGAUGUUACAGAAAAUAUUCUAUAAUUUUUAACUAUUUUAAUUAAAGAUCAUGCUAAAUAUUUACCUCCAGAGGCAUUUCAAGUUUUUAUAACAUUAAUUGAAGUUGUUUUAAAUGAUUUUUUUAGUAAAGAAGUUAUUCAAUAAGAAUUAAGUCAAUAAGAAUAUAAAUCUUUAAUUUUUAGAACAUAAUUAUCAAUAGAAUGUAUGUCUGAUAUUAUAUUCAAUCAUAUUGAUAUUUUAGAGAACUCAUCAAUCUGUAAAUUGGCUAGCAUAUUAAUUUCUCUAAAUAAGCAAGAAGAAUGUAAUAUUUUGUAUUUAAAUUAGGUAAUUAAGAAAUUGUAAAUAAAAUUAUUUGUAUGACUUGGUAAGUUUAAGAGAAACUUGUUAAAUUAGACAUUUAAAACUAUGAAUUUUGGCAAAUUAAUAUGAAGUUAUUUAAAAAUUGUUUAGAUAAUCAAGAUGAUCUAAAAUAUGCUUCCAUUCAUAUAUCAAGUUAAAUCUGCUCAAUAGCUAAGGAUUCUUAAUUUACAGAUUUAUUUUAAUUAUUUGAAGAGUUAAUUCAGCAUUCUAUGGAAUAAUAUCUAAAGAUAGAACAACAUUAAUUAUCCCUGAUCCAAUAAACACCUAGAUUUACAUAACUACCAAUGGAAACUCCUAAAUUCUAAGGAUCUAUUAAAUAAAUAUUUUUUGAUAAAUCAACAUCCUUAUAAUUAUUUAAACUAUAAUUUGAAUUAGUAAAGUUGUGCAUCUAAAAAAUUACAGAUGUUAUUAUUAACAAAUAAUUAUAUCCUAAAUUUUAUUAUUAUUUGCAAUUGUUUAAUUAAGCAUAGUGUGUUUAUGUAAAACAUGAGAUAGUUUUAGCUUGUUAAAGAAUAAUAUAAUCAAAUUAAGAUAAGCAAUUAUUGAUAGGUACUAUUGAUUUUUUAGUUACUCUUAUUAAUUAUGAAUAAACUUUGGAUGUGGAAGAUAUUUAGUAUUAUUUUGAAAAUAGAACCUUUCAGAUUUUUUGUGAUGUCAUUAAAUUAACUAUCCCAAUAAAUCAUAAAAAAGGUUUACAUGCACUCUAAUUGGUUUUUAAUUUUUUAUGUCAAGAUCAAGCUAUUUAACUUCUUAAUGAUGAUAAUAAUAUAUUCAAAUAUUAUUAUAAAUAAUGUUCUUAAUUUGAUAAUUUAGAAGAGGAAAUAAUAGCCGAAUGGCUGCACUUUAUAAAUUAGCAAAUAUCUUAAUUAGGUACUGUUUAAAAACAUCAUUAUUUUAUUGAAUUUUUAAUUAAUUGUUUUGAAGCAAUUAUUAGUAAUAGGCAAUUAAAUUAAAAUGAUUUAAAUGAGGCUAAUAAAUUUGUAGGUGUUUUGAAUGGUUUUUUAAAUGUAAAGAUUAAUAUAUUAAAUAGAAUUGCUAAAAAUUGAUAAAUGACAAUUCUGAAAAACUACAAUUAAUUUUGAUUACAAAACUAAAAAAUAUUAUUACAAUUAUGAUUCCAUUUUUAGAUUAUAAUUCAAUCCAAAAGCUAUUUGAACCUCUUAUCACAACAUAAUUAACAAGUAUUAUAUAUUUAAAAAUUAUUAAGUAUCUAACAAAAGAACAUAAGAUUGGAUUACUUUUUUUAUUAAUGAUGCAUAAUAUUUAAAUGUUGAAUAAUAAGAUGUAGUAGUUUAAUUAUUUACGAAUUAUUACAUAAAUAAAUUAAAGAUUUCAGAUUUAGAAACAUAAUAAUUAAUUAUAGUGAGUUUAGUUGGAUUUUUAGAGAUGGAGAAUUAGAUUGUAGAAAAGUUUUCAUUGUCUAUCCGAGUUCAUCUAUUAAAUAGCAUUCAUGAAAAUUUAAAAGAAUUUUUGAAUGAGGAAAGCCCAUCAUUUGAAAAACAAUUUAAUAUAUAAAAAAUAUUAGAUUAUCUAAGUAGAUUAGAUAAAAAUGAUUUGAAGGAGUUUUAUUUAACAUUUGUAGAAAUGAUAAAAUGUGGAUAAUUAGAAAUUAGAACUAAACUAAUAACACUUCUUAGUAAAUAUUUUUGA